GUCUUGACAUCGGCGGUUACCUUCAUGUUCGGCCCCAUCAGUCUGGCUUUCUGUGGUCACCUCGGACAAACGAAUUUGGCAGCCGCUGGCCUAGCUAUCUCUAUCUUUAAUGUCACUGGAUUCGCAAUUAUUACAGGACUCCUGACAGCUUGCGACACCCUUUUCUCUCAGAUAUCAUGCUACCUCAUACAGAUAGAGGCGGUUCUACAACGACUGGAGUGGGUGCUCUUCCAACACAACAGACCAAACUUCUUGGCACGCAUAAUAACAUCAUUUGUUUGGUUUACUGUUAUAUUUCUUUGCACAAUCAAGACUUUUGGCGGAGAGGACAAGUUCAAAAUGGGAGUUCAGUUACAGAGGGGAUAUGCGAAAGAGAUGUGGCUUGACUGGUAUAUCUGGUUCAAACUGGCAAUUCCUGGACUCGCUAUGUCCGGGAUGCAAUGGUGGAUAUUCGAAUUUGGAAGUAUUGCAGCAGGUAUGUAUUGCACUGCACUGCAGAUCAGCACACCAGAAAUUCACGAGAAGGAUAAUUUAGUCUCUAAAACAUAA